AUGCUGUGCUGGUCCAGAGUGAAGUCCAGGUUUCACUCAGGCGGUGUUAUAGACAAGGACCUGCGACACUACCUCAGCCUGCGCUUCCAAAAGGGGUCAGUGGACCACGAGCUACAGCAGAUCAUUCGGGACAACCUCUACCUCCGCACUAUUCCCUUUACACCCACUGUUCCCAUCCAGAGUGAAACAGUACCAAGUCCUCAGAUCUGA